AUGUCGAUUGUAGCAUACAGUCAAGUGAUAUCGAAAGGUGUCUAUGAAUUCCCGUUUAGCUAUCAAUUGCCGCACGAGGGAAUAUCAUCGAGUUUUAUAGGAAAGUACGGAUCAAUUAAAUACUGGAUUGAAGCGGAAAUACAAAGGCCCUUGUUCACUUUGAACAAUAAGAUUAAGACAAAACUUAAUGUGGAUGUACCACUUGUUUGCAACGACAUAAUGUUGCCGCUGAAAUUAAGUGCACAAAAAAGUGACUUUUUCUUUCAUAAUAAUGGUUCAAUUCGUAUGGAUGCCAUGAUUGAUAGACGCGCAUAUUAUCCAGGCGAGUUUGUGGUCAUUCACUGCAAUGUUAUCAACCAGUCGUCCACACGAGUCAUACCCCGAAUUAUGAAAUCAAAUACCAACGACUGGAGGGAUUGGCUACAGGAGCCGGAUCUACUUCCACUCAAAUAUUUCAAGUACUGUAAUGUGCCCAUUCCGAUUGGCAUUGCCAUAUCAGUGGACAGUCCCAUACUAAAAGAAUAA